GCUGCAGCCAUUGCACAGCCGAGCAUCCCACAUUCAACAGGAGGAACCCGCGGGAGAGGAUCCCGAGCCCACCGCCGCAGCCGCCGCAGCCCGUGCGCCCCGCGCCCCCGUGCGCCAUGGCCAAGGAAGGUGUGGAGAAGGCGGAGGAGACGGAGCAAAUGAUCGAGAAGGAGGCAGGCAAAGAGCCUGCUGAGGGCGGCGGCGGCGGCGGCUCUCACCGCCUCGGGGACGCCCAGGAGAUGCGCGCCGUGGUGCUGGCCGGCUUCGGGGGUCUCAACAAGCUGCGGGUCACCAGGAAGGCCAUGCCUGAGCCGCAGGACGGCGAGCUCAAGAUCCGCGUCAAAGCCUGUGGUUUAAACUUCAUUGACUUGAUGGUGCGACAGGGGAACAUCGACAAUCCUCCCAAGACCCCCCUGGUGCCAGGAUUCGAGUGUUCUGGGAUUGUUGAAGCUCUAGGGGACAGCGUGAAAGGAUAUGAGAUCGGUGACCGUGUCAUGGCAUUUGUCAAUUACAAUGCCUGGGCAGAGGUGGUCUGCACGCCGGUGGAAUUUGUCUACAAGAUCCCAGACGACAUGAGCUUCUCAGAGGCUGCCGCAUUCCCCAUGAACUUCGUCACAGCCUACAUGAUGCUGUUUGAAGUUGCCAACCUUCGAGAAGGGAUGUCCGUGCUUGUGCACUCGGCUGGCGGCGGCGUGGGCCAAGCUGUGGCUCAGCUGUGUUCCACUAUCCCCAAUGUGACUGUCUUUGGAACAGCUUCUACUUUCAAGCAUGAAGCAAUCAAAGACUCCAUGACCCACCUCUUUGACAGGAAUGCAGACUAUGUGCAGGAAGUGAAAAGAAUCUCUGCUGAAGGAGUGGACAUUGUUUUGGAUUGCCUCUGUGGGGAUAACACUGGAAAAGGUCUCAGCCUUCUCAAACCACUGGGAACCUAUAUUUUAUAUGGUUCAUCCAACAUGGUGACUGGAGAGACCAAGAGCUUCUUUAGCUUUGCAAAGUCAUGGUGGCAGGUCGAGAAGGUGAACCCCAUCAAGCUCUACGAAGAGAACAAAGUCAUCGCGGGGUUUUCCCUUUUGAACCUGCUCUUCAAACAGGGCCGCGCGGGCCUCAUUCGAGGAGUGGUGGACAAACUCAUUGGGCUCUACAACCAGAAGAAGAUCAAGCCCGUGGUAGACUCCCUUUGGGCCCUGGAGGAGGUGAAGGAGGCCAUGCAACGGAUCCACGACCGGGGGAACAUCGGCAAAUUAAUUCUCGAUGUAGAGAAGACCCCGACUCCACUGAUGGCCAACGACAGCACAGAGACCAGCGAGGCGGGAGAAGAGGAGGAGGACCACGAGGGGGACAGUGAGAACAAGGAGCGGAUGCCCUUUAUCCAGUAACCCAGGACCCAGGCAGGAGAAUGUGAAGGAUGGUUUGGAACAAGAGGAGCCCGUCGAGAAAGCUCUUCUGUGCCCCAGUGAACAAAUGCUGUAGUCCACUGUGUGUUGUGUUUGUCUGCAGUCAGCUGAGCUAAAAGCUGUUGAUCACUGUUGUUUCUGAAAUUAAGUGCCAAGCCCAUCCCAAGCAGUAUUAUGUCCCCCCCCCAUCUGUGUAUUACACUCCCCCCUCUCUCCUACUUCAAAACCAUCCAUCUUUGGGUCCUUCUUGACAGUUCUAGAACAGCCUUGCAAAUUAAUACGAGCCCACAGGCCCAAUGCCUACGAGACCAGACAUGGGCAAAGACAAGUUUGGAUUGAAAGGUGUUAUCAUAAAAGCACUGUCCAGAUCCUAGAAUUCUUCAGGCCAAUGACACUUUUUGUUGCCAGGCACCCAUGAUUCUGACAAGGGCACUUGCCAAUGUGGCUGGCAGAAGGAGGGUAGGCCAGGAGGUGCUUUUAUA